AUGAUUUCACCGAUUAUCACAAAGGAUAUGACACUUUUUCCGGUCAAACCACUUCCAGUACGUAUCAAGAAUGUCCGAGCGCGUGCUCAAACACUUCAGGAUCUUAAUAACGUGAAACAUCAUCGCGAAACAAACGCAUGUUGCGGCUGUAAGCCUCAAGUCACUCUUUGUGGUUCAAAGAUUAUCCAGAUUGCCUGUCGACAUCAUUCACACCCGAUUUAUCCAUCUUCAAGCUGUGCAGCCCAACGGACUCCGAGAUUAGCUGCAAUUAUCGAAGGAGAAGAAAUGCAGUUGCCGCGGAGAAACGAGAGGCGUCUGGUGCCAUUCAAAAUAAUGCGUUCUGUAGGUACAUCAACCGAUGACAUCGAAGAAAUUCUGGGUAAUGGUGGAUCAACAAACGGCCUGAUUACACCUUCAGUUUUUCAAAGUAGACACCAGGGCCGUGCGAAGCGGUUUUUUAGGCGUUUUACUACGAAAUUGGGUUGGACUUCCAGUAGAAGUGAUGUGAUGGAAAAAACUGCGAAAUCAACGAAGGUAAGAGCUUCGUCUACUUCUAUAUAG